CAGUCUGCAUCUAGACUCCGGCUCGCGUAGGUUUUGUACCAGUGCGUGUACGUGACGAAAAUUAAACGAGAAUUAAAGAACAAUUCACGAGACUAAUAAAUAUGACAAUAAUCACUGCUGUUUUCGUCCCGUGGACUGUAUGGAUCUUCGUUACAUUGGUGCAUUCAUCCGAAGGGCGACAAGCGAGGAAUCUACAAUUACUGGAACAGACACCGGGUCAUCAUCGCGGUACGCAGGAUGCAUCAUUAUCGGACAGUUACAAUAACAACGAAUUGCCCCGAUUCGCCGAGGAAAUCCAAAACGUGACAGUAAGCGUGGGACGUGAUGCUCUGUUGGCUUGCGUGGUGGAUAACCUACGACAUUAUAAGGUGGCAUGGGUGCGCGUCGACACGCAAACUAUAUUGUCGAUUCAUCAGAACGUAAUUACUCAGAAUCCCCGAAUCACAUUAUCGUACAAUGAUCACCGCUCGUGGUAUCUUCAUAUAAAGGAAGUUCAGGAAGUUGAUCGCGGAUGGUACAUGUGCCAGGUGAAUACGGAUCCAAUGAAGAGUCGUCAGGGUUACGUACAAGUUGUAGUACCACCGUCGAUUAUUACCAAAGAGACCAGCACCGACAUGGUGGUCCGCGAAGCCUCCAAUGUGACGUUGACGUGCAAAGCGACCGGAUAUCCGGAGCCUUACGUCAUGUGGCGACGGGAGGAUGGCAAGAACAUAAAUUAUAAUGGCGAGAGUGUGAAUGUUGUGGAUGGCGAAGUGCUGCAUAUCGUCAAGAUAAGCCGUCUUCACAUGGGGGCUUAUUUAUGCAUAGCUUCAAACGGCGUUCCGCCAUCGGUGAGCAAACGCGUCUCGCUACGUGUGCAAUUCCCACCCAUGCUCUCUAUACCAAAUCAGUUGGAAGGAGCGUAUAUUGGACAAGACGUUACUCUUGAAUGCCACACCGAAGCUUAUCCGAACUCGAUAAAUUAUUGGACAACCGAACGCGGCGACAUGAUAGUCUCUGGCAAUUCUGUUUCAGGCGACAAGUACGAGGCGGUAGCCACCGACAGUGGUUACAACAAAUAUAUGAUGCUAAAGAUAAGGAAUGUCGGCCCGAAAGAUUUCGGUUCGUAUAAAUGCGUCGCACAAAACUCUCUUGGCGGAACGGACGGUGUCAUCAAGCUAGAUGAAAUCCCAGCUCCGUCGACAACGUCCACGACACAGCCGCCGUAUUACGCAACAUCAGCGCACAAGAAUGGUAGAAACAGUAACAAGAAAUCACGACAACGACCUAUCGACUACGAGGUCGAGGAAUGGCGAAAUCCAGACUACGAUAGAGAUUACGGCCCGGCGUCGAUGAGGCCACCGGGUGAGCUGCCGGACGUCCACAGCCCGGGCGUGUCCCAUCGCGCGCGGCUCGUCCUUCACCUAUCUUCGAGCCUGCUGUCAUUGCUGCUACCGGCCAUCCGAAGGUGAUUCUCACGUCGCAGGAACGGGGCUUCCAGUUCUAGUGUUUAUUGGUCGGUAACCGGGCCGGAGACAACCGGUGCGCGCGCGGUUAUCGGUUUCCGGUGCACCGUCUCCGGGAAAAUGACGGACGAGUGCGACGAAACGGGCCGCGCUUGAAAUUAUUUUCGUACUAAAAAGUAAACUUAUACAGAGAGAAAAAGAGCGUAAAGAAGAUAUAUAUAUAUAAAUAUAUAAAUAUAUGAAUAUAUAUAUAAUAUGUUGUGUAAGUAUAUAUGCGGUGAGUACGAAGUUACGUUUAGGCUUUCUCGACUGAUCGACGCUCGUGUGAGGACAGCCCGACUCGGUUCCCUUAUAUACGGACAAGCUUCUCGCGUUUCGCGACCGUCUCGACGAUCUCUCUUGAACGGGAACGUCAAGGAGGAAUGCUGCGGCGCAUACAUUGAGAGCGACCCGUCACCCGCGAUGUCCCUCUACCGGGGUGAUCCCGGGCGCUGAAUAGCUUCGGGGAUUGGGAAUACACUUAGACCGCGGCGAGGAAACCGAGAGUUCUCGGCUGGAAAUUUCGGACAUCUCGAGGACCGAAGAUCCCCCGCCCGGCGCGCACGCUCGUGUCCGCCUCAUCUUUUCUACUAAUCGACGCGGAGAUGAUUAGAUUAGCGAGCUUGAUAAUCCCGACGCAAUGGCGAACCCGCUCAGACUCAUUCCGGCAUGACCUCCAUAAGAUUUCUCUCGCGCGACACACGCGGCUCCCGAAAAUAUCUCGAUUCACAAUUGGCCGCGUAUUAAUAUAACGUUCCUCCGAAACGCCGCUCGACCAUCCGUAACUAUACGAGUAUAUUGACCCUGAUAUAUUUUUCACUCAUGUCCAUCGGAUUCCGAUACACCGUGCGAAACGAGACGUCGCGUCAUUUUUUCCGUAAUUCGCUAAAUUGUUCAAUAACCGUUCUUGGUCGUUAACCGUAAGGCGCUAAUUAAUUUUUUCCUUUUGGAAGAAUUGAGGGACAGAUUUACGUGCUUUCUCAUCGACAUUUUUAUGUUUCCCACGGAUUUUCGCCAUAUCACGAGAAAGACAAGGGAACUGUAUUCAGUAAAAUAUACAUAUACGUAUGCAUAAAACCGUAAAAAAAAUUAUAAAUAAACAAAUAUAUAUAUAGAUAUAUACACAUACGUACGGAUUGUAGUUAUGUCGAGACGCAUCGCUCGGUAAUCUCGUAAUUAGCUGUUCGAUUGAUAAGGAGUGCAAGUAUAAUUCGAGCGCAUGGUCCUACAUGCGUUUUGCAGGGCGCGACUGCUGACAGAGCUCGACUCGGAGCCGGUCUGUAAGUUCGCGCCCCGAGUAUGCGUGUCCUGGGGAAAGAAUUAACGCUAGACAUCAAGUAGCCUCGAAUCAUCGACGACGGUGACGCAGAGAGCUUCGUGGCUUCUUUUUGCGCGAUUAUGACAUUUCGGUGGAGCGAAGUACGGUUUCUAUCGCACGGUGCACCAUCGCGGUUAUCAGAAAUCCGGAAUCCGGAAAGGUGCAGCGCGUACUUCUUGUUACGGUUAACGUUGAAUGUAGGGCGUACACGUAAUAUAAAUGUCUCUCUCUCUCUCUCUCUCUCUCUCACUCUCUCUCUCCCGUUCUCGAAUCACUAUUCUCGAAAAUUGAUUGGCAUCUCCGAAAGCGACACUCAUAUUCGCGCAAAUUCCUAUUUUUCACUUCCUCGUUUUGUCCAUCGCGUGACGCGAGUAUGCGGCUAUUAUGGGCAUGCACGAAGGCAAUGCUCCGCGACGCUUCAACCACUUUGAAUCUCCUCUUACGUUGUACCUGAUCAUAUCGUAUAUAAAUUGCCCAUCAUGCCGUUCGAUCUCAGGCGAAACGGAUGUGACAUGUUACGCGCCUUUCCCUGUUAAUUCUGUAAAUAUUGUAGAUACGUUGUGCUGUGAUCAGUCUGGAUCGUCGUCUUUGAGAAGAUGACUCGAGGCUGCGCUUGUUAAAUUGAGUGUAGAAGGCGAGUGUUGUGAAUAUUAUAUACUGUUUGAGACGACACGGCGGUAUUCGUACGAUAACGUCGUUUAGUAGAAUACCAAAGAGGCUGCAGCGAUCGUAGCUAUAUCUCAAAUUAAGUUAUGAUAAUGUUAUUAAUGUAUCAUGUCCGACGAUUUCACUAUGUCAAACGAUUUUUAUGUACUGGGUGCAUCGCCUCGAAUGACAGCGCACCGACGAUUAGAUAUAGAUAGUGGAACUGUCGGCCUGUAUAUCUUAAUAAAUCGAGUACAUGACUGCCAUUA